AUCUUCCUUUGGCAGAAUCCAAGAUGACCAUGAGUGACUUCCUUAAUCCUUUGGAUAUUGCUGCCGCAAUCCAAGAUUGUCUAGCUCCAGAUAGUUUCAACUGCAGAAAAUUCUUCCAGCUUUCUGGUAUGUCCAAAAAGAGCGGCAGCCAAAUCAAGGAUAUAUUUCAAAUUCUAGACCAAGAUAAAAAUGGAUUUGUUGAAAUAGCAGAACUCAGUUACUUCCUUCGGAAGUUUAAUCCGGGGGCUCGCUUGUUAACACCGACAGAAAUCGAAAAAUUUCUGGCCACGGGAGACCAUGAUGGAGAUGGAAAAGUUGGGGCUGAAGAAUUCCAGGAGAUGGUACAAUCCUAAAGGACCAGAAGCGGCUUGCGUGACGGAAGAACCUCUGUCCAGAAAGAGUUCUCUUGAAACUUUCAAACCCUUUCUUAUGAUUUGCCUCCUAUUCAGUGGUGUGCUACUACAGGUA